AUGUUUCGCAAUUUAUGUGUUGUUUACAAAACUAUUUCGCUGGAGAUCUAUUCGGCCACCGAUUCUCAAGACUAUCGUCUAAUCGCUCGACAAUACGAUUGCCGGCCAUUCGACGCCCUGUCCCUCAAGAAUGUCUGCUUUCGACUCAAUUCGACAUUAAGUGCGUUGAAGUCGACAUCGAGUUCGUCGACAAUUCAACGCCGAGACAACUGUCCGCCAGAGAAACGAGACACGACUCGACUCCAGACCGUAAAGUGUUUUAAGAAUUGCUUUCAAUUGAAUGCCAUUAAAAUCAAAAUCUUAAGAACAGCCAACUCUUCGGUUCCUUGUAUUAGUUAUCUAAACAUCUGGUGUCAACCAAUAGGACAAACAGAUCCGCAGAUCUUAAGACAAAUUGUUGACAUUAUAUCGAAACAAAACGCGAAGAACUCUUCAAAAAGAUUCAAUUUUUACAAUUCUGGCGAAGAAUCAAAUGACGAGACUAUAAAUGAAAGUCACUUGAAUUCAAAGCGAAAGUUUGAUUCAAUUGAUAGCCAGAAACCGGAGGACGAGUUCCCGAUUCCCGACGAAUUCAUCGAUUCGAUCACCAAUGAGGUGAUGAUUGAUCCCAUUCUUCUGCCUUCGGGUCAUUGUGUGGACAAAACCACUUUAGAUCGGUAUCUGUCCGAAGAGUCCAAAUGGUGUCGCCGUCCGUCGGAUCCGUUCACUCAAAUGCACUUCACUGCUGAACGGCAGCCGAAGCCCAACGUUAUUCUUAAGCAACGGAUCGAUGAGUUUUUGAGUCAAUUGAGCGGUCAGUCGACGGCCGACGAACGUCUGGAGCCGUCAAACAAACGCCGAAUCGUCGGCUAUAACUGUGUUAGUAAUGGAAAUAAACUCAUAUCAAGUAAACUGUUAACCAACGGCGUGUCGACCGCCGGUGGCAGCGGUUCCCGAGCGGAUCAGUUGGUAAACAAACAGGAAAAGUGUGUUGAGUGUGGUUUCAGCCAUUCGGGCGACGAAUCGCAGGCUAAUUUGUAA